AUACACUGGCAUAUGACAUUGUAACUCAUAUUAAAAUGGGAAAGAUAAUCUUCUACGAAGAGAGGGACUUCCAGGGUCACUCCUAUGAGUGCAGCAGUGACCACAGCGAUUUGCAAUCUUUUUUCAGUCGUUGCAACUCUGCUAGGGUUCUAAGUGGCUGUUGGAUUAUUUAUGAGCGUCCUGGGUAUAUGGGGUUUCAGUACUACCUCAAACGAGGUAACUAUCCAGACUACCAAAACUGGAUGGGCUACAAUGAUUCUGUCAAGUCCUGUCGCAUGAUUCCACAGCAUCAAGGUUCCUACAAAAUAAGACUCCAUGAAAAGGAAGACUUUAAAGGCCAUACGAUGGAGUUCUCAGAAGACUGUCCUCAUGUUUUUGAAAAUUUUCAUCACCAUGAUGUUCACUCCUGUAAGAUUCUUGAUGGGCAUUGGAUAUUUUAUGAACAGCCAAACUACAGAGGUCGUCAGUACUACCUGAGACCAGGAGAUUACAAGAGAUUCAAUGACUGGGGAGGAAUAAACAGCAGAGUUAGCUCUUUUAGAAGAAUCACAGAUUUCUACUAGACAAUAAUGAAAUUAUGCCUUAACUAAAACUAAAUAAAAUGCUGCCUUAUCUAAAAGAGAAUAAAUUUUGAUUGCAUAA